CUGCUCGCACAGCCUGCCUGCUCCUCCGGAGAGAUGUGGGAGCUCAGCCUUACCGGGAGCCAAGUUUAGCAGACACCGGCCUCUGUGAUCGCAGCCAGGGCCUAGGACACCAGGGACUCUCCUGCCGAACCCCCCGCUCACACCCACCUGGGACCCGCGGAGCCAGUACCAGAGCUCGGGGGGCCUUGGGCGGUGCCAGCCCCGGGAGGAAGAUGAUGUCGUGGAUCAUCUCGAAGGCCGUGGUGUUGGUAUUUGGUAUGUUGUAUCCGGCCUACUAUUCAUACAAAGCUGUGAGGACGAAAAAUGUGAGAGAAUAUGUACGAUGGAUGAUGUACUGGAUUGUGUUUGCCCUUUACACUGUAACAGAAACAAUAGCAGAUUUAACAAUAUCAUGGUUUCCACUUUAUUAUGAACUGAAGAUUGCCUUUGUUGUCUGGCUGCUGUCCCCUUAUACAAGAGGGGCUAGCCUAUUGUAUAGGAAAUUUCUGCAUCCUCUUCUUUCAUCUCGAGAAAGGGAGAUUGAUGACUAUAUUGUACAAGCCAAAGAAAAGGGAUACGAAACAAUGGUGAACUUUGGCAAGCAAGGGUUGAAUUUAGCUGCAACUGCCGCUGUAACUGCUGCUGUGAAGGGCCAGGGAGCUAUUACAGAACGUUUACGCAGUUAUAGUAUGCAUGACCUGACCGCUAUACAAGGAGAUGAACCGGUAGGGGGCAGACCAUUCCAAACUGAAAUCCAGAAGAAACACAGGAACGCGAAUAGCGAGGAGUCUGGAUUCAAUUCCUUAAGAAAAGAUUCUGGUGAUGACAAAACUGAUGACGAUACAGAAGGGGCACAUUCAGAUGAUGAAAUGUAUUCACAAAGCAGACUUCGAAGAUCCCAAAGCAUGCGCUCAGUAAAGGUGGUAAAAGGCCGCAAAGAUAUGCGAUAUGGAUCACUGAAAUAUAAGACAAAGAAGAGACCACAAGUGUAUUUUUGAGUGAAUAUUGCACUGCGGAGACCAACUACUGUAUUACAAUACUUUCAAAAUACCACAUAUGUCCUUAAAAUGUUUAUACAUUUCAGAACCAGCAUUAAUAUACUGUUUUUAGGGGCUGAUUUAUAUGUACUACAAACAUAUUGGAUAAUUAGAGUAUACUUUUAUACUUUUUGCAGGAUACUUGAAAUAGCUUUUACUAAAAUGUGUCUUAAAUAUGUGAUCCAAGGUCUUCUUGAAGAUAGACAACGAUGAAUUAUUUGUAAGCAGAAUGUUUAAUAUUCUGUGAAUCUGGGAUAUGUGACAAUUCAGAGAAACAUGAUGGGAUGAGACUUUGGGAAAACUUAAAUUCCGCAUCUGGGUUUCUCCCAUAGUCUUUACAUCCAUCAUGCAAAAUCAUCUGUGUCAAUCCAGGAUAUUUGUGUUUUUGAACUGAUCUUGAUAUUUAUCGUUCAUGGAAAACUAUGAAAAUUGAGAACUGUUCACUGUAAUCUUAAUUAUCAUUGCAGUUACAAUUUAUUACUUUUUACCUUAAGGUUGGUGGCAGUUAGUGUGCAAUUUUUUUUUAACUGCUGAGCCGUAUUUGAACAACCCUUAACUUGUUUAUGGUCUGCUUUCUAUUUAUAUCUGUACUUAUAGACUUGCAUGUAAAAGUAGAAAAACGUUGUCAUAUUAUUUUUAUUGUGUGCUUUAUAAUAGUACACUAUUCGCAGAGAGACAGGAGUUUAUGGUUUGAUUGCUAGGCUUAUAGUGGUGGAGUGUUUUUGUGUGUUAUUUCUUUUUUUUUUUUUGCUUGUUUGUUUGUGUAUUGUAUCAAGAUCAAUUAAUUUACCAAAGGAUUUAAUCUUACAUUGGAGCUUGGAUGCUCUAAAGGACUGCAGGUGUCUGUCUUCAAAUCUCUUUUAGAAAGAUAAGUAUGGCGUGGCAGAGCUGCUUCAAGAAUAUUUAAUAUUGUUCCACCUAUGGGUACAGUGUUCUUUUGGGAGAUUUAUUUCUAUUCACUAAUGGAAUAGAACAGCACUUAAGGUAAGAAUCUGUAACUCUCAUUCAUUAACAAAACAUAAUACCUUUUUUUGUGGUGGGACUAAAUGUCUCAAUUCAAGCAGCGCUUUCAAGGGAAAUAGAAAAUACAGAACCCUUCACUUGACUAUGUUAGACCAACACUCAAAAGUAUGUUUAUGAAAAAUAAAUUGGAUUAUCUCUCGCUUUCCCCUCCCUCUUUAUCCCUCUACUUUUUGUUCACAUUGUCUUCCAGCAUUAGAUGUUUAAUAAUGUUUUUUGUUUCCUGCACAUCUCCUUGUUUUAUAAGAAAUAUGAUGCUUUCAUUGAGUCUCAAUUUUAAAUACUCUAGCUUUGCUUUUGAACUUUUAUUUUCUUAAUUUCAUUUUCAUUUUUUUUUUUGCUAACCUUUGAGACAAAUUUCAAAAAGAAUAUUGUCUUUUGAUGCUGGUACAGCUACUGCCUGCAUUUGAGUGUCCCACAAACCAGGAUACUUUGCAGUGUCACCAGCCAUUUUAUCAUAAUAACUAAAUGGGUCUUUUUGUUUAAAGGAAGACUUUAUAAAAUUAAAUAUACUUUUAAAGUUGGUGUUCCUUUAUUUAUUUGAAUCAAAGGGUAGCCCUUUAAUCUAAACAAAGAAAGCCCACAAACCAUAAACACUUACCAUUAUUCCAGCACAGGUUCUUCUCUCUACAGACUCUUCUCUCUGCCUUUUCAGUCCUCAAUUAUGAUGACAUUGGUCCAAUCCAGUGCUUCUUAGAUGAAAGCCUUGAGGACAGUGCUUCUCUUAGAGUUGCAUUGGAAGCUUUUGGCAUCAUCACGCUAUGCAUGAUGAUGUCUAAAAUUAAGCCCUUCAAACAUCAUGGGGCUUUAAUGAGAAAGAGCCGUGAUUUAGGCAAAAUGUAAACCUUGCUGUUUCUUGGAAAAGAAACACUGCCAGAUAAAAUUAACCGAUUCUUUGGACCAACCCACCUAAAAUAGUGUUUUGGUCCUUAAAG